CGUAAAGUUUCAGUUAAGUGAAUUGUAUCUGUGCAUGUUGUGCUAGUGUGGAUCAUCAUGCACUGCAGGAUGCAUUUAUGGACAACUGUGAUUGGUGGAAUAUCCAUAUUAUGUGUGCUCUUUCCCGUAUCGUAUGAGUACUCAGAGUACCAUCAACCCUGGUUUGAUAUACAGAACGAUUCACCGCGAUGGGUACGGAUUCCCCAACCACAACCCAGAACCGUCGAUCAGCAGUAUCAACUGAAUGACAAUGAAGAAUCUGGUAGGCACUUCAAACCAGAAACGAUAUACAAAAUAACGGAAACCUUGGGGGCCUUGAACACAGUAGGAAGAUACCUCGUCAAUAUGACAAGAGCAGGUGGAGAGCCAAUAAAUAAUCUAUCUCCAGAGGUCCCUAGUGCUCUUUAUACGAUCAGCAAGAAUGUCUUAGGAAGAAAUGUCACAGAUACGAUUGCACCUUUUGUGAGGGAGGCACUACCUGGGGUUGUUGACGACCAAAUGUAUCUGCACAACAAGCAACCUGUUGACCAUAUUACCAGUGACGAUUAUAACACCAAUGGAGAUAUGAAUUCUAACGAUAAAGUUGAAAAGGGAAAUGAAAAUGAAGAUCCUAGAAGUUGCAAAACACCUGAUGGAAUCGAAGGGUUUUGCGAUGAUCUAAGCAAUUGUCCCCAGCUUCUUCUAGAUCUAGUGAAUUUGAGACAGUCUCUAUGCUUCAAGAGUCUGUUUGUACCUGGUGUCUGCUGCCCUAAAUCUUCCAAUACUGCAGUAGCUCCAGCAACUACUACAACUACCACAACAAAUCGGCCAGUGACUUUCGCUGCCAUUUACUACAAUACAGAAAAGACAACAACUACAGUAGAACCCCAGAAGCUAACACCAGUGCAGGGUAUUUCUGUUGUAAGCCAUCCACCCGUUAACAUUCCAAGCAUCUCCAACAAUUUUCCACAAGUGGUUAACAACUAUGUCGAUCCGGAAGGAGCCUAUAAAGUCAUCAGGAGUUCGGAUCCACUUCACUGCAAGGUCCGCGACUAUGAGAGAGCAGAAUUUAAAGCAUUUCUCUUAAAGGCAGCUACACGAGCGGCUGAUGAACUCGGUUUAGUUUUCGACACUGAACGAGGUGAUUAUAACUCCGUCACCGAGUUGGAACUCGUCAUGCAAAAGCCCAUAUUUGCUGCUCGUCAAUUCACUGUCCGUUUGGGUGACGUCGAUCUGAAGCGAGAUGAUGAACCUUCCAGUCCCGUAACGGUCAAGGUAGCAGAGAUUCGAGCUCACAAAAAGUUUUCAAGAGCGGGAUUUUACAACGACAUCGCUAUCCUGAAACUGGAUAAUCCUGCGAGGAAAUCAAAAUAUAUCAUACCUAUUUGCAUUCCUCCCCCUCAAAUGAGGAAUGAGAAAUUUGCUGGAAGGAAAACUACAGUGGUCGGGUGGGGUACUACUUACUAUGGUGGGAAAGAAAGCACAGUACAGAGGCAAGCCGUGUUACCAGUUUGGAGAAACGAAGAUUGUAAUGAUGCCUACUUUCAACCUAUUACUCCCAACUUCAUCUGUGCUGGGUAUUCACAAGGAGGAACUGACGCUUGUCAGGGCGAUUCGGGAGGUCCUCUAAUGAUUCACUGGGAAUCAAAAUGGGUGCAAGUUGGAGUCGUAUCUUUUGGAAACAAGUGUGGGGAACCUGGAUAUCCCGGAGUAUAUACGAGAGUUACCGAAUAUUUAGACUGGAUAGAGGAAAAUACGCGAACGUAAAAAUGAACAGACGCCUUCAUCAUUUAUUAUUAGUUUCAUGUUACCAGUGAUACAAAUGUGAUUAACGUUUGUUAAUCCUAUAAUUAGAGUUAGCAUUAAUUAUUUUUUUACAUAGGCCUAAUCAUUUGUGAUAAUAUAAUUAAAUACUCAUUUUCGUAUUAUACCAUUUCUCCUAUUCC